AUGGAGACAUCUGCGAGUACCGACAAGGCCUCAGACCCCGACGCACAACCCCAAGAACCAGCCUCGCACUUCCUCCGCCUAGCACCAGAACUCCGCAUCCUCAUCUACCGGCACCUCCUCGUCACGCCCAUACCCAUCUGGAUCGGUUCGCAGCGCCUCGAAAAAUCCCCCGUCCCGCCCCUCAACAUCCUGCUGGUCAACAAGCUCAUCUCCUCCGAAGCCGCCGAGGUGUUGUACACCGAAAACACCUUCGCGACCUCACUCACAACCUGGACGAUCCCCGGCUUCGCCCCCGUCAGACAUACCGCCUACCACCGCCUCCGCCGCCUUGAGCUCACCGUCGCGCUCUCCAAGGCCCGGCCGAGCUACUACGACAAGACGAUCGCGACGUGUGUCAAGAAGCUGAACGCCGGCGACCGCCUCAGGAGCGUCAAGUUUGUGAUCCGGAAUUGGGACCUCUGCGCCUGUGAUGUCGAGCGCGUGAUGCUGCUGUUCAAGGACUUGAAAGUCAGGGGCGAGGUCAUCGUUGAGCAGCGCCCGGUGCAUACGUCUAAUCUGCCGUUUGCGGCGUUUAAUUUGAGGAGCAGCGGGGGGAUUGGGCAUGCGAGCUAUGGGCUUAUGAGUGAGAAGGCGAGGGAGGAGCUGGUGAGGGCUAUGGAGUUUAAGUGA